UAACCUUAUAUUUCCCAACCGCACAAACAAAAGGUUUAGCUUCUCUAAAGAUCAAGAAUCAAGAAAAAUCCGUAGCUAGAAUCUAAACAUCGAUAAAAUGGAUAUGUUUCCUCAAUUGAUGGAAGGCUCUUCGGCUUACUCAGAUAGCACAAACCUCAGCAUCAUCGCAAACAUCUCCUCCUCCUCCGUCACCGAAGCCACCGCUGCACAACCACCGUCAUCCUCCUCUCCAUCAGCAAACUCGAGCCGUUACGAGAACCAGAAGAGGAGAGACUGGAACACGUUCGGACAAUACUUAAGAAACCACCGUCCACCGCUUUCCCUUUCCCGAUGCAGCGGAGCUCACGUGCUCGAGUUUCUCCGUUACUUGGACCAAUUCGGUAAGACAAAAGUCCACACGACCGUUUGUCACUUCUACGGCCAUCCUAAUCCUCCGGCACCGUGUCCUUGUCCUCUCCGACAAGCUUGGGGAAGUCUCGACGCUCUCAUCGGUCGUCUUCGAGCUGCUUUCGAAGAAAACGGAGGCAAGCCUGAGACUAAUCCAUUUGGAGCUCGUGCCGUUAGGCUUUAUCUAAGGGAAGUUAGAGAUAUGCAAAGCAAAGCUAGAGGUGUUAGCUACGAGAAGAAGAAGCGAAAGCGUCCGGUUCCUCAGUUGUCGGCCUCUUCUUCCUCCGCCGUAGCUAGCCACCAGCAGUUUCAAAUGUUACCGGGUACUAGUUCUACUACUCAAAUAUCAAAGUUUGAGAAGUAACUAUAUAUAUCUAGUUAAGAGAAAUCAAAUUUGAAUAUUUUAUGUAAUCUGAAAUAUGACUUGGUCUGUUUCUUAAUUUUAUGUUG